AUGUUAAAACGAACAGUUUCCUCUCUCGUUUCGGCUACUAUUAAUAAUCGUCGUUUAUUUUCAUUGACAACAAUAUCAAAUCGGCAAACAACUAGAAACGAUAAUGAAUAUUCAGAUGAAGUCAAUAAUCAACAUCGUCAAUUUAACAAAUUUCAUCCACGCUCAUCGAAUUUUAAAAAUAAAAAUAAAGAUGUUAAAGAAGAAGAAUUAAAUGAUAUCAAACCUAAAUUUAAUAGAUAUAAUACCACUCGAUUACAUUCAAGAAAUCCAACAAAGAAGAAAUCAAUCGAAGAUGAUGAAAAUGAUUUAUUUUCUGAGGAGAAAGAUAAUCUAACAAUGCUUGGAACAGACACAAAAGCUUUUUCUUCAUCCUCGAAUAAACCCAUUCAAAAACCAACUGCUACCGCUAUUUCUUUGAAUAAAAGAACAGAGAUUUUAAAUGUACCACUUGAAGUUUUAAUUCAACCUGAUUUACGUGAUUUAUAUACUGAUGAAAACAUUCAUCAAUCUCUUGAACUUUAUAUCAAUGAAAUGUAUCCAGCUCUACGUCCAUUUACAUUUGAUUUAGCUUAUUUAAUAAAUGAAUCGGAAACAUUAAAACGUUUUAUUGAAAUGGGUGUCGAUGUUUACCGUUGGAAUCAACCUAAUGCCAAAGCAAAAUAUAUUCUAACACUUAAUUUUGAACGUGAUUGUCUCCAACAUCUUGUUUUUCUUAAUGAAUUAGGUAUUAAAAAUAAAUCUCUUGCAAAAUUUCUUAGUUACAAUCCAUGGAUAUUUAAAGAAACAAUCGAUGAUCUACGUAUACGUAUAAAUUAUCUUGAAAGUAAAGGAUUUAGUCAAGAAAAUAUUUGUGAUAUACUUACGCGUGCACCAUUUUUAAUUAAUUUAAGUACAAAAAUGCUUGAUACAAAAUUAAAUUGGUUUAGAAAAAAAUUUCAUUUAACAGAUAAGGAAGUUCAAGAAUUUGUUCUUAGUGCACCGAAACUUAUAAC